UCUUGUUAUUUGCUGAAGAAUUCGAGUCCUACAAAAAACGUGGUGAAUCUGGCAGUGUCAAUAUGGAUGAGAUUCCAAAGUUUUGUGAGCAACUUCAAGACAUAAUCAAAGACUACGAACCUCAAGAUGUGUUCAACUAUGAUGAGAUAGCAUUGUAUUGGAUGCUUGAAUCUAGUCAAACUCUAGCAUAUAGUCCAGUUAAAGGAAAGAAGAAAUCAAAAGACCGAGUAUCCUUGCUAGUAACAACAAAUGCAAUAGAAGAUGAAAAAUUACCGAUUUUAUUUAUCCACAAAUACGAAACACCAC